UCGACGCAAAAACGUGUACGCCACGCGAAUAUAAAAAUCAUCGUCGGCAUUUUAUAACAGAAACUCGUUCUAUUUUUAAAAUACAAACAUGCGUGUUAUUAUAUUUAUGGAACUGUUUUAUUUUUUAUUCGUUAGUGGACAGCCGUGCAGCGAUGAAAAUAGUCUCGAUCUGACAAACGCUGAACAUUACGAUAGUGACUUAAUAAAAGACGGCGUUCGUUUCCCUCCAAAUUAUGUUUAUACGAAGAACGUUAGUGGCGAAAUAAAAACAUUCGGAUGUGUGUGUGAGUUUAAAAAGUGCUUUAGGAAGUGUUGUCCUUUGGGACAAGUUUUUCUUAAAAGUCCUUCAGGUAAAAAGUGCGUUGAUGAAUAUGACAUUAUUCAAACGAAAGGCUUGAAUGUAUCAUAUAUAAAUCAAUUCAAAGGUACUGUUAAUAUCAAUGAAACUGAUAAAUAUAUGCUGUUCCAUGGAAUGCCCUGUGGAGGAGUUGUAUACAUUGAGGACAGAGAUAAAUGGUUUAUUCAAGAGGAUGGACAGCUGUACAUAGAAGUGCCAACAAGUAUCCCACCGUGGAUUCUGCGCGGCCCUGAGAAAUACUGCGUUGAUACAUUCAUCUUUGAAGAUGACAAGGGUGCACGAACAACUAGCUUUGAUGCUCUUGUUUGCUUCGCGACAGAGAAAGAUAAAGAAAACUAUGUGCUCAGUUCCACUUGUAUGCUAAUAUCCUGCGUGUUCUUCCUGGCGACUGUCGCGGUUUACGGCUGGUUGCCGGAGUUGCGCAACUUGCACGGAAGGGUGUUAAUGGCGUAUCUCCUGUGUCUAUUCGUCGGGUUCAUCUGCAUGUCAACCAUGCAGAUAUUGCUGAAAAUCAAUGACAUCAGCAAAAGCAGUUGCGUUGCUCUUUCGAUUAUGAUCUACUUCUCCCUGCUGGCAGCCUUCUUUUGGUUGAACGUUAUGUGCUUCGAUAUUUGGUGGACUUUUAGUGGUAAUCGUGGUAUGUCCAUGGAGAAAAUGUCGUUGCAAGCGAAAUUCUAUGCAUAUUCUAUAUACGCGUUCGGCAUCCCGACUGCGCUUACCAUCAUCGUGGUGGCUCUGGAGUUCUCUGGUCUUCCGCCACAUCCCCUGCUUCCCUCGUUAAGGCACCAUGGAUGCUUUUUCUCUGGUAAAAGCAAAUUGUUUUAUCUCUACGGGCCGAUUGUUAUCCUAUGCUUCGCAAACAUAGUGUUCUUUGUCCUGACCGCUGUGAAGAUCGCGCAAAUCAAAAAGCAAAUAUCCGUCCUGAAGCACCGCGAAAGUGCCAAGCACGACGGACAGAAUAAGGAAAAGCAACGGUUACUUCUGUACAUCAAAUUAUUCAUUGUGAUGGGCAUCAACUGGUUAUUGGAGGUGGUCAGUGCCAUAUAUCCGAAUGCUGAUCAUAUCUUUCGCUUCAUUGACGCGUACAAUGUCCUCAUCGGCCUCAUCAUUUUCAUCAUCUUCGUCUGCAAACGCAAGAUCAUCGGCUUAUUAAAGAAAAGGAUCAAAGAAGGUAUUCUCCAUCGGAAACAAGGAAUAAGCAACAUGACAAUGGUGCAUAGAAAUGAUACUGUAAACAAUCUCAGAAAUUACAAGCAAAGGGACAGUUUAGACACAAUAAGAACGUGCUGUCCAGAAACCGGCAGCAACAAAACUAUAAAUACGACUAACUUAUAAUAAAGUUAAAAAACAACAGAAACCCCAUGACUGCUAAAACGACAAUCAUCAUCUAGUAUUCAAUACUUAAGCAAGAUAUCAUGAGAAUGAAAUAUACGUAACUAAGACUGAAUUGAUCGACUGAAAUGAAUGUAAUGGAAUGAAUAAUCCGAUAGAAGGAAAAAAAUUCAACGUACAGAACGAACAAAAUGUUAUAAUAAUUUAAGAAGGAAGAUAUAAUUAACAAGGUACAUGAAAUUGAAUUGGACAUUGAGGAGUUAAAGAAACAAGCGUAAUGCUUCGCUUUUUGUCUUAACUAACCCUUUUGCGAAUAACAUUGCAGCUGGAUUGGAUUUUUUAUUUUUUUCAUCGACUGACUUUUAGACGGACUUUCCAAAUAUAAAUUUCGGUCGGUCACGAAGGCGCGCCCCUCCAUGUUAAAUUAUUACGUGCAUCGGUAUGAGUGAGGUUCGUGCUUACAAGACUAAGAAUAACGACGGCAAAAAUACAAAUCGAUUAGAUUUUUUGAGCUUAUUUUUAUUACCAAAAUUAUUGAUUUAACGUGGAGAUGCACACCUUCGUGAGUGAACAGAUCAAUAUUUUGAUUAUUUUAACA